AUGGAGGCUGAAAACCGCUCCCCGUGCCAAGACGAGAACGCGGCUCUUGUAAAGGACGCGGACGAGUGUGACGUGGUCACCAAACCAAAUGAAGCCAAGUUAACACUUUAUCACUGGACGCAAUCGUUCAAUUCACAGAAGGUGCGUUUGGCUAUCGCAGAGAAAGGCUUACGUUGUGAAGAGUAUGAUGUGAGCUUACCACUCAGUGAGCACAAUGAGCCGUGGUUCAUGCGUCUCAACCCUACUGGGGAAGUGCCCGUCCUGGUGCACGGUGACAGCGUCAUCUGUGAUCCCACGCAAAUCAUGGACUACCUCGAAAUCAACUUCACAGAUGAGGGCACUCUUAGGCUGAUACCAGAAGAGGGGAGCACAUACUAUCACAGAGUGCAGCAUUACAGAGAGCUGCUGGACUCGCUACAGAUGGACGCCUACACCCAUGGCUGCAUCCUACAUCCUGAGAUCACCGUAGACUCGCACAUACCGGCUUAUGCUGCCACAAGCAUUCGAACUCAGAUCCUAAACACAGAAUCAGAGCUGAAGAAACUGGCAGAGGAGAAUCCGGAACUCAAAGAUGCUUAUAUAGCAAAACAAAGGCGCUUAAAGUCCAAGUUGUUUGACCACGACAACAUGAAGUACUUGAAGAAGCUUUUGGAUGAACUGGAGAAUGUGAUGGAUCAGGUGGAGACCGAGUUGCAGAGGAGAGUGGAGGAAACUCCAGAGGAAAGCAGUCAACAAUCGUGGCUGUGCGGGCAGUUUUUCAGCAUGGCCGACGUAUCCUUGGCCGUCACCUUACACCGCCUCAAGUUCCUCGGCCUGUCACGCCGCUACUGGGGUAAUGGCAGCCGUGCUAACCUGGAGACAUACUACGAGCGCGUGCUAGAGCGGCCGACGUUCAGGAGAGUCCUGGGACACGUCAACAACAUUCUGAUCUCGGCCGUGCUUCCGGUUGCCUUCCGCGUUGCCAGGAAGAAUGCGCCGGUUAUUGCCGGAACAACGUUUUUGAUCGGCAUUUUGGGCGGAGCUACAUACCUGGCUUUUCUUUACAUGAGGAGAAGGUUGACCUUGCCCAGUUGGGGAAGCUGGAGCGGAAUUUAA